AUGGAAUACGACACCAAAGAGAAGAUCGCGCCGCUAGGCAUCCUCACCGAGGAGUUCAAAGAAGUCAGCACCAAUCAACCCUCUUCUCAACCAUCAUCCCCCUCCCCCUCCGACCGCGCCCUCAUGGACGCCGCGCGCAUCGCAUCCCAACCCCCCGCGACACCGACAGAAUACUCCAUCAAGAUCCCCAUGCGCGACGGCCACCUCUCCGAAGCCCGCGUCCACAAGCCCCCCUCCUCCUCCCCCGGGACCAAAACACCCCUCCUCGUCCUCCUCUUCGGCGGCGGCUUCAUGUUCGGCGACUGCGACCAACUCACCCCCUACGCCCGCCUCGCCUCCUCCCUCCUCGACAUCACGGUCCUCAACCUCUCCUACCGCCGCGCCCCCGAACACCCCUUCCCAACCGCGCCGCACGACGUCUGGGACGCCGUCCAGUGGAUCACGCGCCACGCCGACACCACGCUCGACGUCGACCUCCCCUCCGGCUUCGUCAUCGGCGGCAUCUCGGCCGGCGGCAACCUCGCCGCCGUGACGGCCCAAAAGACCCUCGACCACAACCUCAGCCCGCCCCUCACGGGCGUCUGGCUCAGCAUCCCCUGGCUCCUCGAACCGCCCAUCGUGCCCCCGCCGUUCCGCGACGUCUUCUUCUCGCGGGAACAAGCGGCCUCGGCGCCGGGGCUCGACCGCAAGGCCAUGGACCUCUUCAACGAGGCCUACGCGCCCGAGCUGACCUCCGCCGACUUCUCGCCGUUCAACUCCGCGACGGCGCACGCGGGCAUGCCGCCGACGUUCGUGCAGGUGUGCGGGGCGGACCCGCUGCGGGACGACGGGCUGAUCUACGCGCGUGCGCUGCGGGAGCGCGGGGUGGACGCGCGGGUCGUGGCGUACGCGGGGGUGCCGCACCUGUUUCCGGAUUUCUUCCGGAUGGAGGCCUUUCAGAAAUUUCAUUUUGACGUGUUGGAGGGGUUGGCGAGGUUGUUUGGGCGGGAGGUCGGGGCGGGGGAGAUCGAGGCUGCGUUGGCGGAUAGUCCGUUCGCGCCGGAGGUUUAG